AUGCUUGCGACCGAGUUGACGGAGUCUCUCCGCCGCAACCUCCUCUGGGAGCGCCAGCAAAAGUCGUCGACCGCCAAUGCUGUUCUCAAGAGACGUCACACCUCCCACGACGUCGCCAACUUGAAGCAGUUCCCCGAGAAGGUGUGCCUCAAGGACCAGGAAGCCCCCACCAACAACCUCCAGUACUUCUCCAAGGACACGGACAACUUCGGAGGUUACCAUUCCAAGGGUUGGUAG